AUGCCAGACCGCGCAGAAGGCUCUCGCCCCCCGACGAUGCGCGAAAACUCGCUCUACUCGGCCUCCGGGUCCAGCUGGGACACACCCCGCGCCUCCGUCCUCUUCUACAACCCCCCUAAACCUUCCCAGCCCAACACCCCCCUGCACGACGACGCGCCCCCGUUCCCGCCCCUCCCCCCUGCCUUGCCGGCGAAAGAUGAGCCGGUACAGCGGACGGUACGCGACUCGAUCCCGCUGAGCGGGUAUACGGGCUCGCCAGACCGUACCGACUUUCUCGCGCACUUGCCUGAAGAAAUCCGCGGAGGAGGCGUGUACCAGGGUGACCUCGAUGCAAAAGUCCUCGCCGAGCUGCUCAGCCCGCGCAAGUCGUCCAGCAUCAAGAGCAAAAACUCUACAACCAGGACCAAGUCGCGUACCACGCAGCCCGACACUCCCCCUCCCCUCCCUCCCAAACCCGCCCCCCCAACACCUUCCACCUCCGCCUACGCCUCCUCCAUAGCCUACUCCGACUCAUCAGUCACCACCGAAACGCCCGUCCAGCCCCGGACCGCCCUCAGAGGCCGGCGCGAGACUGUCAGUCAGGCGCAUGCCCACCAGCUCAACCCUUCGCUCGCCAGCCUCGUCCACUUGUCCCAAACGCGCGCGGGGGGAGGAGGGCUGGGGGCGGCGUUGGCCAACUUGCCAUGGGCCGAACCCCCUCCCCGCUUGCCCACGCCUUUACAAUCAUCACCAACCACCCCCAUCACCCCCAUCACACCCUCUCCUCUCCUCCCCGCCCCCUCCCCAGGCCUCACACCCUCCUACGCAUUCCUCGCCUCCGACCCCCUCCCCUCUCCCUCUCUCCCCCGGUCCCAUUCCCGAAAACCAUCCACCUCCUCCUCUGCCCGCUCUCGCCCAAACUCCCGACUCGGACCCUCCGACGUACCAAUGUCGCCGUCUCUCGGGCACGCUUCUGCCUCUGCCUCUUUUACUGGACACGGCUUUGGCGACGGGUAUGGAGAAGAGUACAGGCUCUCGAAUUGGAGUGGAUAUACGGGUACAUGGGAAGGCGAAGGUGUCACGCCCUACGUCGAUAUACCCGCUGAGUACCUCACCUCCGACUGGGUCGACGACGUCGACUCCAAUUCCGGCGCUGCGACACACGGCUCCUCCUCCCACCACCACCCCUCCAAAACCCGCUCCUCCAUCAUCCCCGACCCCUCUUCUUCCGGCCAUACGGCGAGAUCAUUCUCCCUCUCCCGUACAAAAUCUUCCCGCUCCACCAGAUCAACGCGCAGUACCCGGUCUUAUUACAACACCCGCCGAGCCUCAACCAGUACUCUGGGGCAUGUGUUUGCGAAGCGGUGGGAAGUGCGGCGGUACGACGAUCUCGAGCGGGAGCAGGAGCGGGGGCGGGGGUUGAAGAGUGCGCCGUUGGAUGGCGGACGUGUCGGGCUUGGGGGAAGGUCAGGAGGGCAGGGAGAAGGGGGCGAAGGAGGCGACGAAGAAGAAUGGAUGGACCUAGGAAGUCUUGUAGGGCGCGCUGUCGUAUUGGAAAAUAUGUUGAGGGGUGGCAAACGUCUAUCAAACCAGUCCAAAAAAGGAGGCUACCGUCUUUCCCGCUUCACCUCCUCCACCCCCACCCCUUCAGCACACCGUCCUUCCAUAUCACUCUCUUCCCAAGCCCACUCUACUUUGCAUCACCUCGAUCUUCCCCCGCCAUCACCGAGUAAACCGAGCAAAGGCGUUUCUCGGUCCGCCGUGGGGAUGGGGAUGAAAGGUUCCAAUACCCCGCGCUCGUCUUUCACCGCCUCCGCCUCUGGUCGAAGGUCAAAACACUCUUCAACCACACCCUCUACAACCUCCACCUCCACCGCUGCAAAGCGCCACACUCUGCGCAUCAGGCUUUCUCGAAAGUUGCAAAGGUCAAAAAGCCGGGAAGAUACGUUUACCGAACUGGGAUCUUCUGGUGACGAACGCGCCGCUCCCGGCGCCGGCGGAGAGGAGGAGGAGGAGGAGGACCCGGGGAUGUUUCCUGAUCAGUUGGAAGCUGGCGAUCGUCCGCCGAGGCCUGUUAGUAAAGGUGCUUGGAGGACGAGUCGGCGGUUUAGCGUGUUUGCUGCCGCUGGUGGUGCUACUCCCCGGGAAGCGAAAGACGGACACGUCCAAAACGUUCGAGGAGAAGAGAAGGGGAAGGAAGAAAAAGGCAAAGACAGAAUAGGCGGUCAAGGCGUCCUCGUCUUUCCCGAAGAACUCUCCCCCACGCCCCCGCCCACGCCCGCCAAAGACCUCCACCUCGUCUCCAUCUCCACCUCCAACCUCCACAACGCUUUCACCAAGAGCAAAGACAAAGAGGAGGGCAAGGGGAAAGAAGGCAAGUCCCUGCGCAUUCCUCAUUGUUUGACGCCGACGUCGCCGACACCGUUGUUGUCUGAUAUGGAGAAGGGUUUGGGGGGUGAACAGGAUGGCUCCUCGGCCAACAGCUCCUCCACCGUAGAAGUCGAGCCCGAAAAGUACCACCAAUCCCCCCACCUAGGGCACCGUUCCCCAUCCUGGCGCCACCGCCAAUCCAUCCUCUCCACCCUCUCCACCGGGCCCGCCUGGACCCCUGUCUUGUCCUGGCGCGAGUGGUGGACCGCGCAGGGGGAUGUUAAGGGGAAGAAGAAGAGACGGUUUUUGGUAUUGGGGGCGGUGGGGGCGGUGGUGUUGGUGGGCGUUGUUGCGGGUGUUGCGGGGGGCGUUGCGGGGAGGGGGGAUGGUGAUUGA